CUCCUACCACAGGAUUGUUUUACGUCGUCGCGUUACGUCGUGACGAUUAUGUCACAGAACACUCGUUCGAUUAUUUAUCCCUAUUUGUUAACACACGAAAUACGCUUUCAUCGGCACUCGUAUGGUGAACUAAGUGUCAAUGUCGACGUUUAGCAGCUUGACGCUCUAACUUGUGUCUCCACAAGGUAGGAUCUUUCGAUGAAAAAUACCUACCGCAUGCUUUUCCAAUUAACAGAGAAUGAAAACAUUAACGAAUUGCUUAAAUCUGUCGGCACACGUGUAAAGUCUGUGAUGUAUCACAUUCGUCGGAUCUCUCUCAUUUCUGUUCCAAAACAUUCGACAAACUGUAGGACAAUAUCUUUUUACAUUUUUCAUCUUAAUUUUAUGCGAAUUUUCCGUAUUUGAAUUUUAUGUUUUUGAAUUUGAAUGCUAGAAAUUUUCUCUUACGUGAAUAUUACAACAGGCAAAAUGGAUUUCUCUCUCUUAAAUUGCAGAGACUCAGGACAGAGGUUUCAGCAAAGAUAUAUGUCGCAGUAUGGUUGCUAUGUUGGAUGCAGAUCACUCUGGCAAACUUGGUUUUGAAGAAUUUAAGACCUUGUGGAAUGACAUUAGAAAGUGGAGGGCUGUUUAUAAGCUCUAUGACAGAGAUGAAUCAGGAUUUCUAAGUGCAUUUGAAUUGAGACAAGCGUUAAAUAGCGCGGGAUACCGUUUGAACAAUCACGUUCUUAAUAUAUUGGUUCAUCGUUAUGGUACUAAAGACGGCAAGAUUACUUUCGACGAUUACAUAAUGUGCGCGGUCAGGCUCAAAACAAUGAUUGAUAUUUUUAGAGAAAGAGAUCCGGAUCAAACCCAAACAGCUACGUUCACACUGGAAGAAUGGAUAGAAAAAACACUCUAUUCGUAAUGAAAUAUAAAUUUACAUUCGCCAUGAUUCAAUUUUAUCUUGAACUCGGGAAUGUUUCUGAUACCGAUGUAUCAGAUUGUGAUGAUAAACGGCCGUAAAAUAUGAAUGAGAAAUAUUUUUUUAUAGAGAACCGUAAGAGAGAAUCUACUUUUUAACUUGCGAUAUAGCAUAUAUAAUAUGUACGCCAAGCUUAUUAUUUUUAUUAACUUUUAUUUCUUCGAACCAGUUUAUUUAAAGCGCUUAUAUGAAUCUCUGCUGUAUAAAUUUAAAAGCAACGAAAAAAAACUAUCUUUAUAAAUAACAAUAUAUACAUAUACAUAUAAAUAUUCUGUCUGUAAUAAUUAUGUUGAUUGGUAUGGAUAUGUGGAAGAAUAUGGUAUCGUGUGCCUUAACAUGCUUUAAGUGAUUGCAGCAUAAUCUAAAAUUAAUUUAUUGGAAUAUGUAAUGUGCGUGUGUCAACUAGUCCAUAGAUCUGUACAAGUUUUCAAUUGGAACAUGACAGCAACAAUUCAAUUUUAUUAAUUUUUGCAAUUCCAUUUUUAUAUUUCAUAAAAUUGACAGGGAAGUAUGAUGAAAAAUAGAUGAAGAAUGUAUGUGGACAUAUACGGUCGAAUGUCGCAGAACGACAAUUGCGAAAUUUAUAUUUUUUAUCGAUAUUUAAUUACAUACAAUAUACUGAAUAAACCAAGUUCGUACUUAAACUUA